GUUACUGGACUUUUAAAUUUAUUGACAAAAUAUUAAGAAACUUUGAAUCUAUUAUGCAUGGUGAAAAAAAGAAUAAUCUACGAAGCGAAAAGAUUCAAGAAGUUGUAGAAGAUAAAUUUGAAGACAUAAAAUCGAAUCAAAAAUCACUCAUUGAUUCUACUUCUUGUAAUAAACCCGAAGCAAAGCUUUGGUUUCGAGGUGUGAGAUCAUCCAAAUUCCGUCAUGUAUACGGCAGCAGUAAAAAAGAAUGUUAUACAGACAUUAGCAUUCAUCGCAAUGGACAUGAUGGAAACGUUUGUGCAGUCAAUCCCAUCUUCUUGGCAAUCGAAGCCGAUGCUGCUUUUAUUGUGAUUCUUUUAAAUCACACUGGUCGUAUUGACUUUCAACGCUGUAAAGUCAUUGGUCAUUGUGGUCAAAUAUUUGAUCUCAAAUGGAAUCCUUUUGACGAUUUUCAAAUUGCUUCAGCAUCUGAAGAUUGCACAAUAAAGUUGUGGAAUAUUCCCGAAGGUGGAUUGACUUCAACUUUAUCUGAGUUUUCCUCUGAGCUUCUCGGACAUAGACGAAAAAUAACUCAACUGGAAUGGCAUCCUUCAACAAAAAAUGUUCUUUUCAGCGCAAGUUUUGAUAAUUUAGUGAUUGUGUGGGAUGUUUCAUCAUCACCAUUGAAUGGAAAUAUCCUUAAAAUUAUAGAUUGUCAUGACGAUCAAAUCUAUAGUUUGGCUAUUAAUCGUGAAGGAUCGCACAUUGCUACAACGUCUAAGGAUAGAAUGUUACGCGUGAUUGAACCAAGGACAGGUAUCGUUGUAACGCAAGGAAUUGCCCACAAUGGGAUGAAACAAUCAAAAGUUGUAUUUUUGCAUGAUGACAAAUUAUUAACAACUGGAUUUUCAAAACGUUCUGAUCGACAGUAUGCCAUUUGGAAUCAACACGAUUUAAAAAAUCCUUUGGUGGCAGCUGAAAUUGAUUCUGCUAGUGGUAUCUUAAAUCCUUUCUACGAUUAUGAAACAAAAACUUUAUAUUUAUGUGGAAAAGGGGAAGGAUGCAUUCGUUACUAUGAGAUUGUUGACGAACAUCCUUUCAUUUAUUACUUGAAUCAAUUUGUUUCGGGACAACCACAGAAAGCUCUUGGUUGGAUGCCAAAACGAGGAUUGAAUGUUAACAUCUGUGAAAUUUUUCGUUUCUAUAAGCUUCAUGCAAGUGGAAAUGUUGUUGAACCAGUUUCAUUCAUUGUUCCACGUAAAUCAACAUUUUUCCAAACUGAUUUAUAUCCUGACACGUUAUCAACGAAACCCGCAAUGAAUAUUGAGCAAUGGUUUGUUCUUGGAAUGAAUGUCAAACCAAUUUUGAUGUCGAUGAAAACUGACGAUUGUUUGCUUGAAACUAUAAUGAAAAAAUCUGAAUCAAUGUCCCAAAAACCCAUUUCAAUUGUUAAAAAAGAUCAGAGUCAGAUGCAAAAUCGAAAGCCAUUUGAAAGAAUUGGUGUGUUAAAGCCAUCAUCUGACAUAAUCGACAAUAACAUUUCAAAGAAGUUUGCAUUCUUGGCUCAAGAGACCGUUCCUGAUUAUCGUCCGACUCAUGAAAAAUUCAUUAAUAAAACUGAAAAGACAAACACCAAUCAAAGCACAAAGAUUCAGCAACUGCAUUCCAUUUUCACAAGAGAUAGUAUUAAUGGGAAUACUACAAAAAAUAACAUCUCGCUUGAAGAUAAUAUUAGUCUGAUUCAUGCUGAAAAUGAGCUCAAGAAAAUCAUACAACAACAACAAGAUGACAUUAAAAACUUACGAAAUCAAUUAAAAACAUCGGACAAAAGAAUUCGUGAGUUGGAAUUCGAAAUAAAGCGAUUGCGUUUGGAAAAGAAUUAAAUUUUUAUUUAUUUUUUCUUCAUCUAUGAUGUGAAAAUAUUUAUUUCGCUCAGAAAAAUAGCUUUUAAAAAAAUAUUAAAAUAUCUAGCAACUUAGUGGUAAACUUAUUGUUUUUCAGGUGUUAAAAUUAGCUUUUAACUUUUUUUUACUUGUGAUAUGAAAAACUCAAACGCAGUGUUUUUGUCGCUAAAUUUAUUGCAUAGAUUUGUAUGUAGUUAGCUUUAACUAUACAGUACGCAAAUUUUAACUGCGAAGAAAGAGAAGAAAUUUGUAAUAUGUAUUUUAGUUUACCAUAAAUGAUAAGGAUAAUAUAAAAUUGGGUGAUUUUUAUGAAGCAAUUAUAUUACGAAUAUUUUCAAAGAAGCUUGAUUGUUUACAAAUAUCUAAAUAAAUUUACAACCAAAUAAAUAUUCAGAUUUUCUGAAAGCAUUAAAAGUUUCAAACUACUACGGUUUAAAAUCAUCUACUUAUAAAAAUUUAAUAACACGCUAUUAUUUACAUCCUCCCAGAAUAAAUGUUUACAUUAUGGUAUUAUUCAACUAUAAUUAAUAGUCGCUUUAGUUUUUAAUUAUGUAUAAGCUACUCAAUUAUUGUAAUCACCAACAAAAAAAAUAAAGCUUCAAAACGUAAGUUCAAUGAACAAAUAUUUUAUGUAAGCUAUUUUUAUAAUAAUCGUGAUGAAGAAACAAAAAAAAAACAAAACUUUCCUGCUAUACGCAUAAAACAAUUUGGAGUGAAUAUAGUCUAUUUAAGCUUUCUCGUGUUCGCCCUUAUAGACAAAAGAAAAGAAAAAUAAAAGCAGAGCUUAAAAAACUUUAACCAAUAUAAAUUUUUUUUUAGCAUAUAAUUUUUAUGUUCCUUACACACUUACACAUAUUGAUAGCAACAUUAU